CGGCACUUUAAUUUUUUCUUUUUUCUUGCGACAUCAUUUUGAUAUCUUCCAAGUGCUAAAUUAUGGAUGUGCUGCCUAGUCAAAGACAACCACCUUCUUCUUCAAAAACCUCUUCUUUAGGAAUCAAUCGAGAUCAGCAAGUAGAAAAGCUAUUAAAAGAAGUAAAACAGCUUAAACAAAAGGUUGACAUAUUAGAUAAAGAGAAUAUCGCCUUGAAGAAAAGCAUCUAUGACCUGUCAGCAAGAUAUGCAGCCUCUAUAUCUCAAGGAGGCAUACCAUACAAAACAGGACCAUUUGUUAUUGGUAAUGAAGUAUCACCUACUGGAAAAGAGAUGAUUUCAAAGGUUGUCCAGGAAGCAAGUGGAGACAUGGAACCAUUUCAAUCAAUUUAUCCUCAUGACACUCGUGAUGGGAAACCUUUUCAAUUGCGUUACGAACUUAAAGGUCACUUGGGUGCAGUCUAUACCGUCGAGUUUUCCCCCAACGGCGCUCUACUAGCCUCUGGUUCGUUUGAUAAGACCGUUCGUAUCUGGGACACAGCUUCGGCUCAAAAGGAAACAUACUGUCUAAAGGGCCAUACAUUAAACAUAUCCGACGUUGCAUGGACACCAGAUUCAUCUAUGGUAGAUACUCGACUGGAAGGAUCGGCGUUAGUUAUUCGUAACGAUGCCAUGGUGAACACAUUGUAUGCAUCAAGAGAUGGUAUUCAUGUUAUCACAGGAGAUGCACAAGGCGUAUUAAAAGUGUGGGAUAUUCGAUCAAAACAAUGUAUAUCAAAUAGACAGAAUGAUCAUACCCAAAUGCCAAUCACACAUAUAUCCAUUGGUAGAAGGAGUACAGAUGCUUCAAGAAGAGCUAUUAAUGAUUAUGACGAGCCUCGAUAUAUGGCAGUCAAUAGCUAUGAUAACUUGCUACGCGUCUAUGACCGUGGUAUGGAUCCACCCAAAUCAGAACUUCGACUUGUACAUUCACUAAAAGGAUUCAAAAACAAAAACUGGCCUAUCAAGUCGUCAUUCUAUUGUGGAAGUGGAUAUAAUUCAUCCAUCUUGAGUAAACACUCUGUGGCGAAUGAUUACGGGGAUAUCGACAUUGCAACGACGCCAGCUGACUAUUUAUUGGAUCCUCAAGAGCUCAAGGAAGAAAAGAGUGUACUGCUUGCUACAGGAAGCGCAGAUCCAUAUGCAUAUCUUUAUAACGUUGGAGAAGAUAGCGCAGAGUUGAUGCAGCGAUUAGAAGGCCACACAGAUCGAGUGUAUGCAGUCAAUUUUCAUCCUACUGAACCUAUCCUUGCCAGUUGUUCGGCUGAUUUUACGGUUAAAGUAUGGGGACCUAGCUUAAACAGAGGCAAAAAGAAGACGAUCAACUAAAGGCCAUUAUUCCUUAUUUUAAUAAAUGUUGUAUAUAUAUUUUUUGUUGUUAUCACGCUGAAAAAAAAAAAAAAGAAAAAGAA